AUGCCUCCACUUGGGCGGCUGGGUUCGGAGGCGGCCAAGGAGCUAGCAGCCCACGCGCGCGGCAAGCGAUGGGAGCCAGCCUGUCAAUUGUUGGCUACCCUGCAGGCAGAUGCGGACUUCCCGCGCGAAGGGCUUUUGAAGGCGUACAGUAUGGUGAUGGGAGCCGCGGGAUCUCACUGGCAGCUUCCCCUGCAGCUUUUGGACGAGAUGCAGCGAUGCUCUCUGCAAGCAGACGCCGUGUGCUACGGUGCUGCGAUCACAGCGUGCGGCAGGGGCCGAGAGUGGGUUAGGUCGCUUUCGCUCUUCCACGCUGCGCCGGCUCAGACUCUCGUGGCGUACAACGCGACAAUUUCGGCGCUCAGCCGAAGUCAGCAGUGGCCGUUGGCUUUGCACCUCUUUGGCCGUUUGCCGGAGGCCGAUGUCGUCAGCUUCAACGCGACCAUGACGGGCUGUGGUCAGGGACGGCAGUGGCACCUGACCCUCGAGCUGUUCGACGAGAUGGCUCGCCGAAGUUUGCCACCGGAUAAGAUCACCUUCGGCGCACUGGCUGACACAUGCGAGCGAGCUGGCAAGUGGGACUUGGUUCUCUCGCUGGUCAACAGACUGGCAGAUGGCGCUGUGCGUCCGGACAACCCGAUCUUUGGCUCCUUGAUCAGCGCUUGCGAACGUGGGCAUCGGUGGCAGGAGGCUUUGAGUUUCCUCGCACAGAUGCGCUGCGCUGCCCUGGAGCCUUCCAGUGUCUUGCAGGGCGUGGCCAUCGGCGCAUGUAUCAAGGGCCAGGAGUUGCAUCAAGGAUUGGCAUUACACCAGGCCUUGCUCGCGCAAGGAACGGUGCCGCACGCGAUCACAAACAGCAGCCUGGUCUCAGCUUGCGUGCAGCAAGGGCGCUGGGCGGAGGUCUUACGACUCGUCGAGACGAAGGGGAUCCUCAAUGCUCUGACUCCACCAGCGAUGAGUGCCGGUCUCCUAGCGGCCGAGGUUUUACAUGCCUGGGAGGUAGCCUUGGCGCUCGUGUCACAGCUGCGCAGGGCGGCGGACAGGGUGCCGGUGGCGAGCUUGCUGGCAGCAGCUGGCGCCUGCGCCAAGGCUGGUAAGGCACGAUUGGCAGCCACGAUGUUCCGGCAGGUCCCUGGCAUCCUAAGGGGCCGACCUUUGGCAGAGCACAAUGCUGCCAUGGCUUCUGCGGGCCGGGCAAGGUUCUGGACUUUGGCGCUCAGCUUGUUCGACGAUCUGCACCUGCAUAGCUUAGAGCCCGAUCGCUUCAGUCUCGCCAACAUCGUGGUGGCGCUAGACGUGGCAUGGCAGGGCUCCCUGGCGCUACUCCAAGGCCGAGAAGCUCUGGCAGAUGUGGUGGUCUACAGCGCCUUGAUGCGUUCCUGCGAGCGAGCACAUGCAUGGGAGGUGGCACUCGAUGUUUUCCGCAACAUGCAGCAUGCAGGUGUGGAACCGAACUCUGUGGCACUGUGCGCAGCACUGUCAGCACUGGCUGCAGGCAGCCGAUGGCGUGAGGCUUUGCAGAUCUUGCCGACCUGCCCGCCGGAGAUCAUCGCCGUCAAUGCCACGUGGGCGGUGUUCAAGAGUCCGGCAUCGUCGGCUUUAGGUUUUCUGCACUUUGGGGCUUUAGGAUUUGGAGGGUUUCGGUCUUUGGGUCUGCAUGCUGACGGUUUUUUCGGGGUUGGAGAUGACAGCCAUUUGUCGAGUUUCCAUGUAUGGAGAAGCCUUACAUAG